AGGAGACUACACCUGUCCAUUUAUUUUCUGUGGCGUUAAUCCCCCAGAUUCGCUUAACACUAGCCUAAUUUUAUGAGAUUUCAUAAUUUGUUAUAUACCUUAUAUAGACUGAACAAUAGAGGAGUUUUUAAGAUAUCAGGGAUUGAUAAUAGUGCAUUUUUACAGGGAUUAAUAACCAAUGAUGUUAAUUUGCUUUCUAAUAAUUCCAAAGGAGUUUUACCAGCCUUUGUAUUAAAUUCCCAGGGUAGAGUUUUAUAUGAUAUCUUAAUUUACAGCAUUCCUAAAGAAAAUCAAUUGGAAUUUUAUAUUGAAUGUGAUUUAAGCCAAUUAGUUAAUUUAAAGUCAUAUAUUCUUAAGUUUAAGAUGAGGAAAAAGAUAGAUAUAUUAGAUGAAACCUUAAAUGUGUUGGGGUAUAUCCCUAAAAUAUGUCAAGAGUCUAACAUUCAAAAAUUAAAGAUUGAUUAUUUAAACUAUGCCACCUCAGUUGUAAAAAAAUGUGACUCUAUUAGUGAUAUAAUUACAACACAAUUUGACCCAAGAUCAUUAAAAUUGGGCUUGAGAAUGAUUAUUAAAGCAGAAUUAGAUAUAGCAAAACUUUUGAACAACAUAUCAAAGCCCUUUGAUAAAGAUUUUGAAAUGUUACCCAUUUCACAAUACACAAGUUAUAGAUAUAGGCUAGGCAUAGGAGAGGGUUCCAUAGACCACCCUGUAGGACAAUGUCUUCCAUUAGAAUCUAAUGCUGAUUAUUUAAAUUCAGUCAGUUUUACAAAAGGCUGCUACAUAGGUCAAGAAUUAACUUCCAGAACUUAUCACACUGGAGUCAUUAGGAAAAGAUUAAUGCCGAUUGUUUUAGAGGAUAACAGCUUAUCAGAUAUCAAUCAACCAACAAUACCACAGGGUAUCGAUAUGUACAACCAAAAUGGUAAAAAAUGUGGUGUCUUCAGAAAUCGAAUCGGAAAAUAUGGGUUGGGUUUGUUGAAGAUACAAGAAAGCUUAGAUAAAAAGUUGCACAUUAAAUUUGAUAACCGCGAAAUCACGAUGACUACGCACAAGCCAGAAUGGUGGCCAGCGAACGAUAUUUAAUAUUUUAUUAAAUUCAUAAUUUAUUUAUAUGUUAUAUUAAUCGAACUAUUCUAUAUUUAUAUUUUGGAUAAAAAUUAUCAUAAUAUGUGUAUAUAUAUAUACAUUGUUAUUAGGUUUCGAUUUAGAUGUUGAAAAUUAAAAAUUAAUUUUUUAAAAUGCCAUUUUUUAUUAAAAAGAUAAUUUUUAAAAUUACAUUAUAAUAAAAUUUUUAUGAGUGGGUUGUAAGUAAAUUAUCGGUAGGAUUAAGAUUUA